UGACUUUCUCUCUCUAAAACCUCUCUCUCUCCAUUAACUGCUCCUGCACUUCAUAUAUAACUCCCCAACCCCUCCUCUUCUCUUACCCAUUCCUCCUCUGGUUUUCUGCUUCUUUUCUAAAAUUCAGAGCCCCUCUCUCUCUCUCUCUCUCUCUAUCUACAUCCAGAACCAGGAUCUCUCUCUGCAUAUCCUUCUCAUUCAUUUCGAUGGGAAACCAGUUUCUCAGUUAAGUUUUGUCUAAUUCCAAGUCCAAAUUAUGGGCCGGCCGUCUACUCUCUGCUCAAUGCUAUUAAUGUAAGAGAAAUCGACCCAUUUGUUUCUCUCUUCUCCUCUCUUUCUAUUUAUCCCUGGUCACAUACAGAAAGCUUCCAAAAAUGCCAGAGUUCUGUGCAGAUAAGUCGCAGAUGCAUAUUCAGAAUGCCCUCUUCUCUGAGAAAGCCCCCGUCCUUUCGUCCUCGCCCACGGGGCGCCAUCGUCUACUCCGCCUUAACAUCGACGAAAUACCCAAUUCUUUUGAUUUUGAAACGGGGAGAAUACACCCCAAUUCACCAUUUUUCAUUGCCUCCUACGAUGAGGAGGAUGAUUUCAUGGAUCCUUAUGCUUCUGAUGCAUUCCGUAUGUUCGAUUUCAAGGUGAAGAAGUGCGCUCGUGGACGAAGCCAUGACUGGACUGAGUGCCCUUUUGCUCACCCUGGUGAGAAGGCCCGUCGCCGGGACCCGAGACGCUUCCAUUACUCGGGUGUUGUGUGCCCUGACUUCCGCAAGGGGAGUGGUUGCAGGCGUGGGGAGGCAUGCGAGUUCGCACAUGGUGUGUUUGAGUGCUGGCUGCACCCGGCUCGCUACCGGACUCAGCCCUGCAAGGACGGGCGCUCCUGCACCCGACGCAUCUGUUUCUUUGCCCAUACCCCUGCCCAGCUCCGAGUCCUGCCCCCGGGCAUGAGUAAUGUUUGUUGCUGCCAUUUCAGUGGACUCUCUCUCACUAGAAAAGGUCCUCUCUCUUGCAAUUCAGGCGUUUCUUUCUCUGACGGUGUGAAACUUGCAUGCAAGUAUGUGGCUUCGUCGCCGACUUCAACUCUCUCUCUGUUAUCACCGCCGCGAUCACCUUCUCUCUCUCCACCACUCUCCCCUGCAGAGGCAGGGUCCAGCCGGGUUUCACCUUUAUCCCUCUACCAGAAGUCGGCGCCAAUGCAUAUCCCUUUGAAUUUUCAGAGGAAUAAGAUGAUUGCAGAACUGUGUAAGUCUCUCGAAGUCAUGGAAUUCUCUGAGCAAAAUGGUCAUGGGUGGUUCAAUUCUCCACAAAGCUUCAUUUCGUCUUCCUCGCCUUCUCUCUCUUCAACUCCUCCUCCUGUCAGCUUUACCCGUGGCUCAUUUGAGCCGAAUGUAAUACCGGAGGAGAGUGAGAAAGCGGUAGGUAACAUAAGUUUUCCGGAUUUGGAUUGGGUGGAUGAGCUUGUUAUGUAAAAAAAAGAAAACCCGACGUUUCAGUUGUAUAAAGUUUCAGAUCAUAUGUCCGGCGUCUGCAACAUACGCCUGCGAUUGUUCACUCUGUUUUUACCAUUCAGUCAGUUUUAAGUUGAGUGAGUCCAUCCUCCUUUUAGAUGGAGAGUAUUGAAGAAAUAUCUUUCCGUCUUUUCUUUGUAAUGAUUCUGUUUAGUCCAUAAAUUAAGGAUUUAUUGACCAUUUCACGAUUUUCUC